AUGCAAGAUUGUACUGCUUGUGAGCAAGUAAGUCUGUGCAUUCGGUUCGUCAAGGACAACACAAUUCACGAGGAGUUCCUUGGUUUUCAGGCUAUUGAAAAAAUGGAUGCACAAACCAUAGCGGAUACAUUAGUGAACAGCGUUACAGGUUGGGGACUAUGCAUGGAUGAUUUAGUAGGGCAAGGAUAUGACGGGGCUUCAGUGAUGAGCUCUUGCAAGAAUGGGGUGCAGGCUAAAAUUCAACAACAGUUUCCAAACGCUACAUACGUUCAUUGCCGAUCACAUGUUUUGGCUUUGGUAAUUGCUAAAGGUUGUAAACAAGUUCCAGAAAUCCAGAAUCUAUUUGAUAACGUCGAGAAACUGACAUGGUUUUUAGGCGGUAGUGCUAAGAGGAAGGCCUUGAUUAAAAGCUCAAGCGACUCUCAUGAACUGGGUGAUUUUCUUAUUGAGCAAGCUGACCAUGAUGAAGAAUUUGACAUGUCGAACACGGCACUUAAAAGAGGAGUAAACAAAAAAUGUGUUCCAAAGUUUUGCUCAACUCGUUGGACUGCAAGGAUUGAUACUCUCUCGGCUCUUCUUUCAAAGUACAAGACGGUUUUGGAAACACUUGAAAAGAUUCAAGAAGCCAGUAUUGGAGACUCAAAAAGAGAUGCGGGAUCUUAUGCUCGACUGCUAACCGAUCCACAGUUUCUUGUCUCACUUGUAGUGGCUCAGUUCAUCUUGAGCUAUUUCGCGUCCGUGACCAAAAGUCUACAAGCUGUCAACUGUGAUCUAGGCUCAGCCUAUCGUGACAUGCACUUGUCCAAAGAAACUGUGGCUAAGGCACGCUGUGAAUCAACAUGGGAUAAACUUUAUGAACGAAUCGAGUCCAUCGGCAGUGAAAUUGAUGUGACUAUAGUCAAGCCAAGGACCACACAAAUUCAACGCCACAGAUCAUUUCACAAAGUGCCAAAGAUUACUUCAGGGUGA